CAUCCCCCACGGCAACCUAACCGCUGCAGGAGCAGCUUCCUCGCCAUGCCCGACGACCAGAAACCGAAAGCCUUUCCCGACAUCUCCGCGAAGCUAUCAGCAAUCCCCAAAAAAUCCUUCUUCGAACGCCAGAAAGCCGAAGCCGAAGCCAAGCGCGCCCGCGAGCAAGCCGAAACCGCCGCUGUCUACGAAGACUUUGUCAAAUCGUUCGAAGAUGACACUACAGCGCAGGAUCAGGGCAUGUCGGAUGCGAGGGGGAUGAAGCUUGGGGGUAGACCGGCUGGCUUUGGAGGUGGCCCUCCGAAACGGCACUUCACCAGCUCUGGUCCGCGCAUGAGCGGCCCUGGCAGCCUAGGGCCUCCUCCGCCGUCGUUGGCCCGCAAGCGCACCCAUGAAGGGUUUCAACCGUUGUCUCGGAAUCAGCAUUCUACUCAUGGAGUAUUAGGUCUAGAUAAUUUAGGUACGGUUUCGCCGCAGGCCGCUUCGGCGUUUCGCGCCACGGAUGACGAUGAAGAUACGACCGCUGUCGACACGAAGGAGGCAGAACGGGCUGCGGCCAAACCGACCCUAUACCUGGCCUCAUUACCCCCAGGGACUUCUCCGUCCGUGAUUAAAACUUUGAUCCCGCCUGUCCUGUCCGUCGAUAAUGUGAAGAUCCUCCGUCCCCAGAACCAACCGUCAACCGACCGAAAAUCGGUGUCCGCCAUUGUGACCCUCGCAAACGAGUCUGCAGCUUCGGACAUUGACAGCACGGUCAGUGGGCUUCAGAACCGAUAUCUAGGAUGGGGGUUUUACUUGUCGAUUUCGAGGCAUCUUUCGUCUGCCGCGAUCAGCUCGGCGAUGCCGGUCACCGUUGGCCUGUCAUCCACAAGCUCGCUGCCCUUUGGCGCUAAGAAUAUCAUACCUGAAGUCGGGGGCCGACUGAAUCGUGCUCCGCCCCCUGGCUUGCAUCGUGGCGGAUUUGCGCCCCCGAGCUCCUACGGUCCAGCUUACGGUCGGAACACCCCUGCGACGCAAGUCGAAGUUAAAACCCCAUCGGACAUCAAGCAACUGAGGUUGAUUCACAAGACCCUGGAGAACCUUUUAAACUAUGGUCCGGAGUUUGAAGCCCUCCUCAUGAGUCGGCCGGAGGUGCAGGGAGAUGAGAAGUGGGCGUGGAUCUGGGACGCAAGAAGCCCAGGCGGCGUGUACUACCGUUGGAAGUUAUGGGAAGUGCUCACCAACGCCGCGGGCCGAAGAUCUGGCAGAGGGAAGCCUCGAGAUCCCGCACUGGUAUUCGAGGGUGGACCGAGCUGGACCCCGCCAGAAGCGAAUAUCAAGUUUGAGUACACUACCCGUCUGGACGAGUUCGUAUCAGACGAGGACUAUGACUCUUCGGACGAAGAUAUGUCGGAUGGCGAAGACGACAGAAAGCAGCAGGGCGGAGCGGCAGCAGAAGCACUGGCUACCGGGAACGAAGGGCUGGGGUAUAUGAAUCCUCUCCAGAAGGCCAAGCUCGCUCAUCUUCUUGCUCGACUGCCAACCACCCAUGCCAAGCUGCGGAAGGGUGAUGUCGCACGCGUCACUGCGUUUGCAAUCGGCCAUGCAGGAGCGGGUGCUGACGAAGUAGUAGAGAUGAUCGUCUCUAACAUCCUGGACCCGUUUGUUUACACCGGGGCCAAUCCUGACCGCGAAGUGGAGAAGGGGCUUGCCCGGCGCGAGCAGGCUUCUAACGACAACCCGACGGAGGAAGGCCGUGCAGCCUUGAAGCCCCUUGACACAUCAUCCUGCAAAUUGAUUGGUCUUUAUCUCAUCUCCGACAUACUUUCAUCCUCUGCCACCAGCGGCGUGCGCCACGCCUGGCGGUACAGACAGCUGUUCGAAUCCGCGCUCAAAGCCCACCGGGUAUUCGAGCACCUCGGGAGGCUCGAGAAAGAAUUCAGCUGGGGUCGUCUCAAGGCCGAGAAAUGGAAGCGCAGCGUCGGGUCUCUCCUACACAUGUGGGAAGGGUGGUGUGUCUUCCCGCAGUCGAGUCAAGAGCACUUUUUCCAGGUCUUCGACAAACCUCCGCUCACGGAAGAGGAAGAACGGGAGGAGCGGGAGAAGGCCGAAGCGGAACGGGCUUCCGCGGCGGCUUUCAAAGCCAAGAAUCGUUGGAAGGCCGUGGAAGAGGAUGCGGCCUCCAAGUUCGAGCCGAGCGCAGAAUCGCACCGUUCUCGCAUGGAUAUAGACCAGUCUGAAAUUGCCCCUGCAGGCGAGGAAAGCUGGGAUGGUGGGCCCAUGAGCGAUAUCGACGGGGAGCCUAUGGAGGAUAGCGAUUUAGAACCUCUAGAUGGCGACCCCAUGGAGUACGACAGCCCAGACGAACAGCCGCAACAGCAACCUCCGCAGCCAGAAAAGCAACCGGAACAGUUGGAACCACCCGCUCAGUCGGACUCACGACCGCCAGGCCGCAAACCGCGACCCAGGGCAGAGGAUAUGUUUGCGGAUUCGGACUCCGAUUGACGGAUCGAGUAAUGGAUGUGGAUGUGGGGGUUACCGUUGGCCUACAACAUAGCGACAGUAGGAAAUAUAUGAU